UAUGUAACUAACGACUGUCUAUGGGAAAGUCGGUCCACCACACUAUCAAGGACCGCGGCAGCUAUAGAAAUGUAUAGACACGUUAACAGAAGAAAAACUAAAAAUACAUAACGUUUGCUUUUUGUUGACGCUACAAUGUCGCUCCAUUCGCAAGUGGAGGACACACCGGAGGAGAGGAGCGCCUUCUUCAUCGGCGCUGACUCGGACAACACCUCUGAAGAGCAGGACCACCAUCAACUUAACGUUAUACUACAAAAAGCCAACGCGUUAGCAUCGGAAAACUGCCUGAAAGAAGCCAUUGACUGGUUUUCAGUUGCUAUGCGGUAUGGCACCGUGAGACCGGAACAGUUGAGCACCUUAGUGGACUGUAUCCUCCGCAACUUUAAGAGAAAAGCGGCCGGGGCAGACUCCCUCUCAGGCUGGAGUCAAAACGCAGGGGAUAGCGUUAGCUGUGUGCAGGAUGUGUUUGACUGCCCCAACUGUCACAGCUUUUUAGGUGAACCUGUGACCAUAGCCUGUGGACAUUCGUAUUGCAAAAGAUGUUUACAACGACGGCUGCUCUCCAAAUGUAAGCUAUGCAGCGAAGCCAUUAGCAGCAAGGUGAAAGUGAAUGUAAUUCUGUGCGGACUGUUAGAGAAAUGGUUCCCAGGCGAGCUGAAAAAGUCGAAAACACUAAGUGAAGUGGACGAGCUGUGUAGAAGAAGACGCUACGAAGAAGCUGUGGCGCUAGCAACUGAGGUUAUACAGUAUGAUCCAGAGACGACAGCGGUGGCCCGACUGUCUCGGGCGGAAGCGUACAUGGCUCUUAAACUGUACCGUCUGGCUUUGGAGGACACAGAGUUCAGUCCUGGGUCCAGCUGUUCUGCUGAAGCUUUGUUUAGAAAAGCGAUGGUGCUGCAUGAGAUGGGCCAAGUGGACGAGUCUCUCCAAGUCUUCCUCAGCUGCCUGACGGUGGACGAGGACUUCCCCUGUGCUAAAAGACAAGUGGAAAAGAUCCUUUGCGACCUGCUUUCUCCAGCUGAUGAGAAUGUGAAGGUCGGCUUGAGGGAAACAACACAGAACACGUCGCCUCACUUGCGCAGUAAAACCGUUGUUUCCGAUGCCCAAGCCCAACCACUGAGCCCAGUCCAAAGACAACACCAAAACCAGGUCCGUGCAGCCUCAGCACACCACCACCUGGACAACCAAGAGAAACGCUGGGAGAGCCUUGAGCGGCCUGUUCUGAGCAGAGCUCAUUCCUUGCGGAUGCAUGGCUCCAGCUGUGGUGAGGAAGGGCUGAAGAGAGUUUGCUCUGCUCCUCAGCUGGGGGACCAGGACAAGGGUAGCUUGCUUAAGAGGAAGCUGUCAGUGACAGACACCGAACCCUGUGUUGUGGACAGUGGAAGUAGCAAACAGAAAAAACAAGGUGUGGGGAAGGGCUCCAAACAAAAAGCUGCCAAAGCUAAAACCUGCAGAAGUGUUCCUGAGGACUUGCUGGACCUAAAUGACCUGGAGUGCUCUCUCUGCAUGAGGUUGUUCUAUGAGCCUGUGACAACACCAUGUGGCCACACCUUCUGUAAAAACUGUUUAGAACGCUGCUUGGACCAUAUGUCUCAGUGUCCCCUCUGUAAAGAGAGCCUAAAAGAGUAUCUAGCAUGUAGGAAGUACAUGGUGACAACUGUGUUGGACACGCUGAUCAAACAGUAUUUGAGUCGGGAGCAUGAAGAGAGGACUAAAACUCAUUUGGAGGAGACCAGAGAGCUUGCUGACCUGACGAAGAAUGUGCCUAUCUUUGUGUGUACCAUGGCUUACCCCACCGUGCCUUGCCCCCUGCAUGUCUUUGAGCCUCGUUACCGCCUCAUGAUCCGCCGCUGCAUGGACACAGGCACGCGGCAGUUUGGGAUGUGUAUCAAUGAUCCCCAGAAAGGGUUUGCAGAUUAUGGCUGCAUGCUGACCAUCAGGAGUGUCCAUUUCCUCCCUGACGGACGAUCAGUAGUAGACACUAUUGGAGGAAAACGCUUCCGGGUACUGUCCCGAGGAAUGAAGGAUGGUUACAGUACUGCUGACAUCGAGCAUUUGGGCGAUAUCCGGGUGGAGGACAGUGACGAGCUGGAGAGACUGCAAGAGCUGCAUGAUGCUGUAUAUGAGCAGGCCCGCGACUGGUUUCAGAACCUCAAGAUCCACUUCCACAACCAGAUCCUGCAGCACUUUGGACCAAUGCCAGAACGAGAAGCUGACAUCCAGGCGACUCCUAACGGUCCAGCCUGCUGCUGGUGGCUCCUGGCUGUUCUGCCUAUUGACCCACGGUACCAGCUCUCUGUCCUCUCCAUGACCAGCCUCAAAGAACGCUUGGUGAAAAUCCAGCACAUCCUCACAUAUCUGCAGAGCAUCCCCAACAACUAGAGCUUCCUCUUCUCAUCACCACAAACAUCUUCUGGACUUUGAAAUGACAUUCAAGCGACCCCUGUAUCGUCAUCUUGCCAACUUUUAUUUCUACUGCCACCUGAUCCUUCAACUGUGUUUUUACAGCUGCACGAGCCCUUGUUUUACAGUUCUUCAUUAAAAGCCUCUGCAGUAUAAAAGCAAAGCCGAAUCAUCCUUGAACUGUGGAUCAGUGAAACCAGAGAUGUGGUCAAACCACCUCAGGGAUACUCCCACUAACGCACAUUAUUUAUUUGAGACUGUCAAAAAUUAUUUUAAAAAAAUCUGCUCUCAAUCCUAAUGCUGUUCAUUUUCAGAAGAGCAUCCCUGAGUGACCUUGUUGAAAUGAAAAGAGCAGUCACUGUUCCACUGGGUUGAUAUUUUGCUGUUGAAGGCGGCACAGGGAGUAAAGUAUCUAACCUUGAGUGAGGUGAAGAGAGUGUUACAGUUUGUGUUGUAUCGUCUCUGGUGAGAUCAGUGAAGAGAAAGGGUUUUUUUUAAUUUGCUGGCUGUAAUUUCUGUUAGUAUGGAGGAGGGGUGAGGUGAUUCUGUAGAACAAAAUCCUAAAUGCUGAAAGUCCAAAAAAGUGAAAGCAAGAAAGGGUUUUGAUGAACCAUUAAAAAGAGAUUUGUGCAAAGUGUAAGUGCAGCAAAGGCAGGCGUACGUGACCCUGACACUCAUUAAAAAGUAUUGAUCGAU